AUGACCUCCCACUGGUCGAAGGUAACCAAAAUUGUUCGCGAAUUGGUCGGUAAAAAGAUCGGAGGCUCAGCGCUGUACUCGUUUACCGAAUUCGUUGUCAAUAUCAAUUUGCCCAUAUCACUGGUCAUUUUACCCAUUUUACAUACUAAGGUGAGUGACUUUCCUUUCUGA